CUUCAUCUCAUAAAAAGGGAGCAAAAACAAAAGUGUUGCGUUCAUAUUUUUGUUGAGUGUAUGACUUAAAAAAUGAAGAUCCUUACAUCUGAGAACCUUGAACCACAAAAUAUUUAAUCAUCAUAAUAGCUGCAGAAUAAUUUUGUCAAUUAACUUAUUAGUUUAUCAGCUAAUAUUUAAGCUUUACUCCAUCAUAAUAUAUCAAAGCAUAAAUACCAAUAAUUUACAUAUCUAUAUUCACACAUUUACACCUUCUAAUUUCACACCUUGUUAGGGAGAUCUAUUUGUAAUGACAGACUCAGUCCCCGUCAUCAUUUGAAGAUACCACUUCCAAAGAGACGCUUUGCGAUCCCUCAGAGACCGCUCUUCGUUGGAUCGAUUGUGUUGCUCUUUCCUUCUCUUUAAAAUUCCCCAAAGAUGUUCUAUUGAAUUUCCAUCAGGAGACACACUUUUUUCCUCUUUAGAGACUCUUGUGUGGGUUUUGGAUCGUUACGAUGCAGGAACAUCCCUCUUCUGCCAAGUUUCUGCAGACUAAGGGUCCUCUUGUCAGCCACUAUUUUGGUUAAUCCACAGGGAUUUAUGGUGCAUUUAUAAAUGUCAUCUCCCCAACACCUUAUCAUAUUAUCACUUCACCUCCAUUCUUCACUGUUGGGACUAUGCAUUUGCUGUGGUAGUCCUGGCCAGGUUCACAUCAGCUUGACCCAAUCUGGGAUCAGAUGAGACCAAGAAAAAUGAUCUUGGUCUGAUCUGACUAAAAAAAAUCAACUUCCACUAUUUAUCUGGCUUUAUAAAUGUUAUUUAGCAAGGUCUCAUCUAUCAGUUUUUUGUCAGAGCGAUUACCAUAAAGGUCAGUCUUGUAAACCGUCCCUCACACUGAACUGUAACAAAAAUUUCUACUGACAACUCCUGUGCCAUGUCUGACACACUUUCCUAAAUGUUUUUCAGAGGUAGAUUGUGCAACCAGGGUACUGUCCAUAGCGCUGUUUUCAGAGGACGACCACGGCAGCCCUGACUAGUGGUACUUUGACUCAUUUUAUGUCUGAUUACUGUUGCAACUGUGUUUCCACUUAUGUUCAGUUGGUCACUGAUCUUCCUGUAUUAUUGGCCAUCUUUGUGAAGUCUCACUAUCAGAUUUGUCCGUUCCAGCCUUGACAUAGACAUACAGAUAGGCACGGGCCAUAGGUCUGACACUGAGAAAGUUCUCGUGGUUACAGGUCAUCUUAUUACCACGUUCAUUCAGUUAAGAUGAGUGGAAAUCACAGGUGUACUCAGUUUAGUUUCAGUGAUGACAGGCUUUCUAAUUUGUGUGUCAGUGAUCACAGAUGUAUUCACUUUUAUUGCAUUGAGUUUCUACUUUGGAAUCUGUAUAUAUUAUUUCCAAAGAAUAUGCUUUGGAUUAUUCGUAAAAGGAAACGGCCUACUUAGACAUAAUACAGUUAUUGACAGGUGAUUACAUUUUGAAACAUGUGACGUGAUAUUACACAGGGGUGCACUCACUUCUGUUGUAUACUAUACAGUGUAUGCCCAUGUGAGCCGAAUCAACUAAUAUUUAAGCUCCGUUCCAUCAUCAUAAAUCCAGCUGAAUAGCAUGAUUAUCGUACAGAACAUGGUUUUGCUAUACAAUCCAGUGCAAUAUUUAGAAAACUAAGAUGUAAUUUCACGAUCUCGGUGCUAGAACCAGCUCUACCCUGACUUCUAAUUUGGAUAUACACAAUUAAACAGUGUACAUCCUGUAAUUUCACACCUGGAUAGAUAAAUUCUAACAGCUCCGACAACAAGUGCAACAUCUUCAUAUUUGUUAUGUAGUGAAAGCGAAGUGUCUUUGAAUUAAUUUUUAUCAAGUUACAUGACUCACUCAUUUAGACUCUUGCAGAUGUGAGUGACGUGUUUUUCCCUCUGUGUCUGUCUAAUUUCUGCACACAUAAUAGAGACAUAAUUCUCAUGACGCUGCUGUUGACAAGUGAUGUCUGUAUUUGCUGGAUUUUUUUUGGAACAGGAGCUCUCAAAGGAGCCUCCUUGGAAAUGCAGACAUUUAAUUUUGUGCCACAGUGAAACCAAUAUAGACUGGACUGGAGGAAUACCAGAAUGCACAGUGGACUGAAUGAAAGAGAUGCACCGAUUGAUAGCAGCUGAAAUCUGAUGCAGGUAAGAAAGUUGUCACAGGAUGCACAAAUGCAUCUACACGGAGAAUCCCACUGCAGAAACUGCGAGCUUGUCUCUGAUAUGCAUCCCUAGAGGGGUGGAAAAAACAAAAGGCAUCCCCUACAGUAGUAGAGAUCUAAUAUUGGCACCAGAAGCAGCUGGCGGGCUGUCUCCUGUAAUUUUAGCGCACACUGAUGCGGAGGAAAGAUUUAAUGGGCAUUGGUCAGCGUACCCUCUUCUGAGGGCGUAAAGGAGACAGAGCCGAGCGAGGAGAGAGGGAGGGGAGCAGAGGGAGAGGACAGUGAGGAGAGAGGGAGAGGAAAAAGGCAGCGUGUGAGGGCUGCUGUGGCUCAGAAAUAAAGUCAGGCAACUACAACUGGAGCAGCAUGACUCUCCUAACACUUGGACUCUAUCUGCCACUGUGGUUUUCCUAUGGCCUGGUUCAGUCCUCCUUCCUGGACAGCUUUGUUUCAUUCCCUGCCGCUCUCAGAUCCCAGGAGCAGCAGAAGAGAUUCAACCCGUGCUGUUUACUGAGUCCACCUCCACCCCCACUGUUUCCUCCACCUCCUUCACUUUGGCGCCGCCACGCUCAUCAUGAAGGCAUUUCGCAUCAUGGUGGUGGGUCUGAGUCAGGUAAUGAGGACAAAGGUUCUGCUUGCGUCCGAGGCCUCCCUGGUCCUGCUGGUCCUCCUGGACCUCAGGGUCCACCUGGAUUACCUGGGAUAGGAGGGCCUAAAGGAGAAAAGGGAGAAAUCGGAAGACCUGGGCAAAAGGGUCGGACCGGGCCUCCUGGACUUCCUGGGAAACAGGGAUCAGCUGGAUGGCCGGGACCAAGUGGGGCCAAAGGUGAGAAAGGUGACCCAGGGCUGAUGGGUUUGCCUGGAGCCAGAGGACCAAUUGGGCCAAGGGGAUUACCUGGCUAUAAAGGGGAAAAGGGUUCUCGAGGUGACCGCGGUGAGAAUGGAGUUAAAGGAGAUAAAGGUGCCAUGGGUUUCCCAGGAAUGCUUGGACAAAAAGGUGAAAUGGGUCCAAAAGGAGAACCUGGAAUCUCAGGAAACAGAGGACCCACGGGCCGACCAGGAAAGAGAGGCAAGCAGGGGAUGAAAGGAGACCCAGGAAACGUUGGUCCGAUGGGACCUGCAGGCCCACAGGGAACUCCAGGUCACCCCGGUCCUCCUGGCUCACCUGCCACAGGAGUCUACAUGGUCGGCGCAAAGGGAGCUCGUGGUCCACCGGGGCUUCCAGGAAAGUGUAGCUGCAGCUCUCUCAGUGGUUCUCCCUUUGAUGAUUACAGCUCUGCAGGAAACUAUCCUAAAGUGCCAGCGAUCUUCGUGGUGAGCAAUGAGGAAGAACUGGAGCGCCUCCGCACAGAUAAUGCUCUUGCAUUCCGAAAAGACCAGAGAUCUCUCUAUUUCAAAGACAUCGACGGCUGGCUGCCAAUCCAGACUUUUCCAUUCCAGCUGACACCCUUCCAGUCCAUGGAAAAUGCACCCGAUGAUGAAGGUUACUGUGGUGAUGGGAUCGUGCAGAUCUCUAAUGGGGAGGAGUGUGAUGACAGGAACAGAGUUGUCACAGACGGCUGUGUCAAGUGUAAACAUGCCUACUGUGGAGACGGAUACCGCUAUGAAGGGGCUGAGGAGUGUGAUGGGAAAGACUUUGGAUACCAGACGUGUAACUCAUAUCUUCCAGGGUCAUACGGUCACCUCAAGUGCACACCCCAAUGCUUUAUCGACUCCACAAACUGCAAAUACUUCACUUGAGGAGGAGUCUGGACUGUGCAGCAGGAUCCUCUGUGUGUUGUUUGCUCGACACAUAACGGGAAUAUUUUCACGCAAAUCAAGAAACAACAAGAAAGACUCUGACAGAGGAGUCAGCCGACGAUUCUACAGUGAAAAAAAAAAGCAAGUACAGAACCUAUUACAAAAAAACAACAACAACCAUAUAACUCAUUUGUGUUGCUGCUGAGAUGCCACGUAGCUCCCGGAGUUACAGAGUCAGCCAGUGAAGGUGAGAAUCCACACCUGCACUCUGUCUUAACAAGCCGGAUUCCCUAACUGGCCUCCUCGCCAAAAAUGCCCGACUGGACCGGAACCAGCCUCCUGAAUGCAACAGUUGUGUGACAGCCAUGCAGAGACUUAAUUAGGUGGGAAAUGUUGCAGAGGAACAGUAGCUGGGGCAUAUUAACGUUUGACCCAGUUACUGUUGGGGAAAAAAGCGAGGCAGUGGGACAUCCAGAGUCGUGCCCACAGGUAUUCUGCUGCAGUGUGAAUGACAGUGCAUGAAGGGUGGGAUUACUAAGACCACGGCAGCAGCUGUCACUAUCCAAGCAUGUAACCUAUCACUUUACUUAUUAUUGUCACAACAACUUUCGUACUGUAUACUCUCAAUAUCAAGAAAGCCUGAUGUAAAGGUAAAGCCAGGUAUAUAGUAAGAUGUAGUAAAAAGACAGAGAUGGGGCGGUUAUAGUGCACUAUAUGCAGUAUAUAUAGUGAGUUAUGCACUUAUACUAUUUGAGUGAGACUGUUAAAACAGGAGACCACACUUGAAGUCUCCCCUGCUUUUAGAUUAUUGCGGUACUGUACUUGACAGGGACACUCGGUCUGGACAAGGUCUCAUAAAUCCUAAAACUUCUCAGGAACUCACAGGUAAUGUAGCUCCACGCAGCAACCUUUCACACACACACAUCCCUCCACCUACUCUCUUUGUAAAUGGCAGUGACUGUACCCCAACAAAAGCUUUAAAACAUCCCGUCCUGUAGACUGCUUCCCUGUGCUUCAGUGAGAAAAGAAACCUACUGUAUGUGAAGGCUUGAAACUGUUAUGUUCUUAAUUUUCUCACCGCACACGAACGGCUGGACGAGGCUGUAGCUGCUAGAAAACGGGGGGAGGAACUCAAAUUCCAGUCUGUUCUAUGGUCAUUACUGUAUUUACUCUGAUACCUCUUUAUCCAGUCUUUCUGUCUUACAGUAUAUAAAGCAACAGAGAAACUCAAACUUAACGGUGUAGUUGUAGUCUGCUGCGUGUGCUGAAAAAUGCUGAUAUAAGCUGACAUUUUCCAUAAGCUACUGUAAAGGAGUCGCAGUGCCAAGGGGAGACCUUGUUUCUCAGCUACACUAAAGAUGUAAAAUGUACAAAAGCAAUCAAUCAAAAGAUAAAGACUGUUAAUAUAUUGCGUCCGCAUGCUUGUGAAAAUCUGCUAAUGGGUGUGAAAUGCUUCCACUUUGCCACACAUUGUUUUGUAAAUCAUCAUUGCAUUCAUCAGCAUAGCAGGUGUCUUAAGAAGCGUCAGUCGGAGUGUAGCCAAGUACUGUAUGUAUGACAAACCUUAAAGCGGUGAAUUGUGGCAGGCACAAAGCUGAAAUUACCUUUUUGGAAACUGUGUUAAAUGUCGUAUCUGUGCUGCUGUGCUGUAUUCUAUACCUACCGUGUAUGCACAACGAUGCUGGAACAUGCAUGUGGUAACGUACUGUAAGUAAGGCUUUGUGGAGUGUUUUAUUCACUGCGACCGGGCUAGUUGACAUUGUGUUUCAUUGUUCUGAUAUGAUUUUUACAGUAGUUGUGGAGAAUUUUAAAAAGAAUGGAAAUAAUAAUAAUUAAAAAAUGGAAUUUAAAUCA